UUGUAGAAACUUUUAAACCGGGUCUAACGUGCUUCCACGAAAUCUGAGUCUUCAGUAUCUUUUUAAUUUUGAAAUUUGGGGGCAUCACUCAAACUCUCGAUUUUCGCUUUGAUGGGUGCGUAGAUCUUGUUUGAGUUUGCAAGUGCGUGGAUUCCUCUAGCCAUCAGAGACAAGCGAAGAUGAUUUCUAGGUCGUACACCAACUUGCUAGACCUUGCGUCAGGGAACUUCCCUGUGAUGGGGAGAGAGCGCAGCAGGAGGCUUCUUCCUAGAGUAAUGACAGUUCCUGGCAACGUCUCCGAGUUCGAUGACGACGAUCAAGCUUCCUCCGAUAAUCCCUCCUCCGUUUCCUCUGAUCGAAUGAUCAUCGUCGCGAAUCGUCUCCCCUUGAAAGCCGAGAGACUAAACGGAACCUGGAGCUUCGCCUGGGAUCAAGACUCGUUAUAUCUCCAGCUCAAGGACGGCUUCCCCGAGGAUAUGGAGGUCUUAUACGUCGGAUCUUUGAGCGUCGACGUCGUCGGCUCACACGAGCAAGAACACGUGGCGCAAAUACUGUUGGAGAAAUUCAAAUGCGUUCCAGCUUUCUUCCCACCCGAUUUGCAGUCAAAGUUCUACCACGGAUUCUGCAAGAGGCAGUUAUGGCCGUUAUUCCACUACAUGCUUCCGUUUUCGCCUGCUAACGGUGGGAGAUUCGAUCGGUCUAUGUGGGAGGCUUACGUGGCAGCCAACAAACUCUUCUUCCAGAAGGUCGUCGAGGUGAUAAACCCUGACGAUGAUUUUGUAUGGAUUCACGAUUACCAUCUGAUGGUUCUACCUACUUUUUUAAGAAGACGAUUUAACCGUAUCAGGAUGGGGUUCUUCCUCCACAGCCCUUUCCCUUCCUCCGAGGUCUACAGGUCUCUCCCCGUUCGCGAAGAGAUUCUCAAAGCUUUACUAAACAGCGACCUCAUCGGCUUCCACACGUUCGAUUACGCGCGUCACUUCUUAACCUGCUGCAGCCGGAUGCUGGGGUUGGAGUAUCAGUCCAAGAGAGGCUACAUUGGGCUGGAGUAUCACGGGAGGACCGUGGGGAUAAAGAUCAUGCCCGUGGGGAUCGACAUGGGACGUAUCCAGUCUGUGAUGAGAGACUCAGAGGAGGAAGGGAAGGUGAUGGAGCUCGAAAGGCGUUACCAAGGCAAGACGGUGCUGCUUGGGAUUGAUGACAUGGAUAUUUUCAAAGGGAUCAACCUGAAGCUGCUCGCGAUGGAGCAAAUGCUUAAGCAGCACUCUACCUGGAGAGGGAAGGCCGUCUUGGUUCAGAUUGUGAAUCCCGCUAGGGGUAAAGGGAUUGACAUUGAGAAAACACGCGGCGAAAUCGAAGAAACCUGUAGGAGGAUCAACGAAGAGUUUGGAUACCACCAACCAGUUGUAUAUAUUGACACUCCAAUUUCGAUCACUGAGAUCAAUGCUUAUUACCAUAUCGCCGAGUGUGUGGUCGUUACGGCCGUUAGAGAUGGGAUGAACCUGACUCCUUAUGAGUAUAUAGUAUGCAGACAGGGUGCAAAGAAGAGCGUGUUGGUUGCGUCCGAGUUUAUCGGAUGCUCUCCUUCGCUUAGCGGAGCCAUAAGGGUGAACCCGUGGAACGUCGAAGCGACUGGUGAAGCGCUGAACGAGGCCUUAUCGAUGAGCGACGGCGAGAAACGGCUGCGGCAUGAGAAGCAUUACCGGUACGUUAGUACUCACGACGUUGCGUUUUGGUCGAGGAGUUUCUUGCAAGAUUUAGAGAGGAUAUGCGUGGACCAUUUCAAGAAAAGGUGUUGGGGGAUGGGGAUUAGUUUUGGUUUUCGAGUUGUGGCGCUUGAUCCUAACUUUAGGAAGCUUUCGAUACCGUUGAUUGUUUCGGAUUACAAGAGGGCGAAAAGCAGAGGUAUACUGUUGGAUUAUGACGGCACUCUGAUGCCUCAGAACUCUAUCAACAAAGCUCCCAGCCAAGAAGUUAUGAACUUCUUGGCUGCCCUUUGUGAGGACAAGAAGAAUUCAGUUUUUAUUGUGAGCGGAAGAGGAAGGGAGAGCUUAGGCGAAUGGUUCUCUCCGUGCAGAAACAUUGGAAUUGCAGCAGAGCAUGGUUACUUCUUGAAGUGGCCAGGCAGUGAAGAGUGGGAAACAUGUGGCCAGGGAACUGAUUUUGGUUGGAUGCAGAUCGUGGAGCCUGUGAUGAAACAGUACACUGAAUCUACGGAUGGCUCUUCCAUUGAAGUUAAAGAUAGUGCUCUGGUUUGGCAAUACAGGGAUGCGGAUCCGGGCUUUGGUUCUUUGCAAGCAAAGGAAAUGUUAGAGCAUCUAGAGAGUGUUCUAGCUAAUGAGCCUGUUGCAGUCAAGAGCGGUCACUACAUUGUAGAAGUCAAGCCUCAAGGAGUGAGCAAAGGAUAUGUGUCAGAAAAGAUAUUUUCAUCAAUGGCUGAAGAGGGGAAACCAGUUGAUUUCGUGCUGUGUAUUGGAGAUGACCGAUCUGAUGAAGACAUGUUUGAGGCGAUUGGUAAUGCGAUGUCGAAGAACUUGCUAUGCGGAGAUGCUCUUGUGUUUGCAUGCACAGUUGGGCAAAAGCCAAGCAAGGCUAAAUAUUAUUUGGAUGAUACUAUGGAAGUGAGAAGCAUGCUUGAAUCUUUAGCUGAAGCAUCAGAGGCUUCGAACUUCUCUAUGCGUGAACUUGACGAUGCCCUUUGAUUUGGAAACCAGAGUCUUUGCCAGGUUUUAUUUUGCUCUAUAUGAUCUCAGUUCCGGUUCCUACUUGCUCUCGUUCUUCUACAACAGUCGAUGGUUUUGUUCUCAUAAAUGAAUAAUGUGCAUAGAUGGCUAAAGAGAUGAUACAGACAAAGACAAGGAAAACAAGAGAAGAGAGUGGUGUUUGGUCUGUUGUGAUUGAAAGAAAGAAAGAAUAAAAGGCAAUGUGAAGUUUUGUUCUGUUCAGAUGGUAAAGACGAGGAAAAUUAGUUGUCUGGUUUCUUAAAAGCUUUGCAGGAUGUUGAAGUAGCAACAAGCCAACAAGCAAAAGCUUUGGUCUUCAUUUUCAUUUCUAAUGCUGUUAUUAUUAUUGUAAUUGGAUGAUCUUGGUAGACUUUCGUUUUGGAUUCGGCUGUUCACUGAGUCUGAGAAAGCUAAAGCUGUGAAAAAAAUGUUAUGUAAAGAUGAGAUAUGUUCACCAUUGUUUGAGAAUUUUCAAUAUAUUUUUUUUUUUG